AUGCUAGUUAAACAUGGCAUGAAUCACUUAACUGUAUUAAACAGCGCAAGAAAUCACAAGUUAGCAACUUCUUUAGCUGUUUUGAGAAGACAACAAUUCUUGACAAGGGUUCUUGGAGUUAGAGGUGAAGACAGAAUGCAAGACCCAAAAUUUGAGGCUGAUGCUGAUAACAUUUUGAGGGCCAUUACUCCUGUUCUUGACCCAACUAGACAUAAAGGUCAAGCAGGGAAGAUUGCUGUUAUUGGUGGGUGUAGAGAGUACACUGGUGCUCCUUAUUUUGCUGCUAUUUCUGCUUUAAAAAUUGGUGCAGAUUUGUCCCAUGUAUUUUGUACAAAGGAUGCUGCUUCAGUUAUCAAAAGCUACAGUCCCGAGUUGAUUGUGCAUCCUGUUUUGGAAGAAUCUUAUAGUGUUGGGGAUAGGGAUAAAGACCACAUAUCACGAAACGUUGUUGCUGAGGUUGAUAAAUGGAUGGAGAGAUUUGAUUGUCUUGUUGUUGGCCCUGGCCUUGGAAGGGACCCAUUUCUUCUGGAUUGUGUGAGUGAGAUUAUGAAGCAGGCAAGACAAUCAAAUGUUCCAAUUGUCGUAGAUGGGGAUGGGCUCUUUCUUGUAACGAACAGUCUAGAACUUGUUAGUGGCUAUCCCCUAGCUAUCCUCACCCCAAAUGUGUAUGAAUACAAGCGCUUGGUUCAGAAAGUCCUAAAUUGUGAAGUAAAUGAUCAAGAUGCUCACGGGCAAUUACUAUUACUCGCCAAACAGAUUGGCGGAGUCACCAUCUUACGGAAAGGAAAAUCUGACCUUGUCAGCGACGGUGAGAUAGUCAAAUCAGUGAGCAUCUAUGGUUCACCUAGGCGUUGUGGCGGCCAGGGUGAUAUCCUUUCUGGAAGUGUUGCAGUAUUCUUGUCUUGGGCACGUCAAUGUAUCUUAGCUGAUGAAGGGAAUCUGAGCAUCAGCCCAACAAAUCCAACCAUUUUGGGGUGCAUUGCGGGGUCUGCUUUGUUGAGGAAGGCUGCAUCACUUGCUUUUGAGAAUAGAAAAAGGUCAACUCUGACAACUGAUAUUAUUGAGUGCUUGGGAAUAAGUUUGGAGGAUAUUUGUCCAGCCUGUUGA